GUAAUUUUCAGCGCUACCGUUGCGGAGUACAGUAUGGCUUGCACCCCCGAACCCCAACAACAUGAAGCUGAUGCGGCUCCAAUCCCCAUUGAUCCAGAUUUUGGAGAUGACGCCGAUUCUUCAGCCGGGGACGAGAUCGCGGAGUCCACUGCCUCCUUGACAGAUAGCAUUCUUCACUACCGCCAGAUCCACGGCAGGACCUUUCAGAAUUCAAAGACGACGGAAUACUGGUAAGUCAAGCAAGUCCAACCUGGGGCAAUUGACCAAUAAUCCCCGCCAGGGCCCCGAACGAUGCCCA